AUGGUCCUGACAAAUGGCUCUUUGGUAACAGAAUUCAUUCUCUUGGGUUUAACAGAUAACCCUGACCUCCAAAUACCCCUCUUCUUAGUUUUCCUAGUAAUGUAUAUGAUAACAGUUUUUGGGAAUUUGACCUUGAUCCUUCUAACUGGGCUGAACUCUCACCUUCACACCCCUAUGUACUUUUUCCUCUUUAACUUGUCCUUCAUAGACCUCUGCUAUUCUUCUGUUAUUACACCCAAACUGAUGAUGAACUUUGUGCUAAAGAAGAAUAUUAUUGGUUUUGCAGGAUGUAUGACUCAACUCUUCUUCUUCUGUUUUUUUGCCGUCUCUGAAUGUUAUGUCCUGACAGCCAUGGCCUAUGAUCGCUAUGUGGCUAUCUGCAAUCCACUCAUGUAUAAUGUUGCCAUGUCUCCUAAAGUCUGUUCCUGUCUUAUACUUGGUUCAUAUUUGAUGGGAUUUUCUGAUGCCAUGAUCCACACUGGAUGCAUUCUGAGACUGAGUUUCUGUGAUGGGAACACUAUCAAUCACUACUUCUGUGAUCUUCUGCCUUUGAUGCAGCUCUCCUGCACAAGCACCUAUGUAAAUGAGGUAGAGAUUUUCAUUGUAGGGGGGAAAGAUAUCAGAGCCGUGGGUCCAGCACUGUUUAUUUCUUAUGGCUUCAUCCUCCUGCUUGUGGACGUUAAACAAGUUGAUAUCUCUCAUUUUGUGCAGGAGAAUGCAUAUUUUGCCAGUGCUUCUGGGAAAAGAUUUGCAGAAGUUUUACCCUGGAUACCAGGAGAAGGUGUCCCUAAAGGUGAUACUCAUGGAAACAGCAGCAGUAGGUACAGCAGCAUUGAACCAUUGAGAAAGAGAAUCAUAUGA